AUGAAGCUUGUGAUAUUUUUGAUGAAAUUGAGUCAUGAAACCGUAAUCAUUGAAUUGAAGAAUGGGACACAAGUCCAUGGAACAAUCUCAGGUCUAGAUGUUAGCAUGAAUACACAUCUUAAAGCUUUGGAAAUGACCCUGAAGAACAGAGACCCUGUACAGUUGGAAACAUUGAGUAUUCGAGGAAACAACAUUCGAUACUUUAUUGUACCAGACAGCUUACCUCUUGAUAAAUUACUUGUGGAUGUUGAGCCUAAGGUGAAAUCUAAGAAGAGAGAAGCUAUUGCAGGACGAGGUCAAGGCCGAGGUAGAGGAAGAGGAUGUGGCUGCGGCAGAGGAAGAGGGGGUCCUAGGCGAUAA